UGGAGUGGGCUGCAGAGCGCUGAGCUGACCCUACUUCUCCUUUAGGGCUGCCGUGGUGCCCGCCUGAUCGCAGGGCAGGUAACCAGGUGAGUCCAGGCGGGGCAGCUCCGGGGCGGGGAGACGAAGCCGGGGUUUCUCCAAAGACCCGGCGCAGUCGAUUCCCACACCCCCCCCCCCCCCCCCGGGGGACCGUUGCUAUGGAAACCAGAGCGCCGGGCCGGCAGAGAUUGUGGCUUCCGUGUCGUGACUCAUCUUCUCUCUCCCCGAGACCCUCGACCAAGGUUUCGAGUGCGACUGCUUCCUGAACGAACCUGCCCUCCUGCCCGCGGGAGACAGUUUUCCAUGACAUAGCCUGGCAGAAAAAUGCAGCCUUUAUGCCUCACUGGCCGCUGACCCACCGGCCUGAUGACAGCACCCCCGUGUACCUUCCCGGUUCAGUUCCGGCAGCCCUCAAUCAGUGGCCUCUCACAGAUCACAAGCAGCCUAUAUAUCAGCAAUGGGGUGGCUGCCAACAACAAGCUCAUGCUCUCCAGCAACCACAUCACCACGGUUAUCAACGUCUCAGUGGAGGUGAUGAACACUGUAUACGAAGACAUCCAGUAUGUGCAGGUGCCUGUGGCCGACACACCUGUCUCGCGUCUCUUUGACUUCUUUGACCCCAUCGCUGACCACAUCCACAGUGUGGAGGUGAAGCAGGGCCGCACGCUGCUGCACUGUGCUGCCGGCGUGAGCCGCUCAGCCGCUCUCUGCCUCGCCUACCUCAUGAAGUAUCACGCCAUGUCCCUGCUGGACGCCCACACGUGGACCAAGUCGUGCCGGCCCAUUAUCCGGCCCAACAAUGGCUUUUGGGAGCAGCUCAUCCACUAUGAGUUCCAGCUGUUUGGCAAGAACACUGUGCACAUGGUCAACUCCCCUAUGGGAGUGAUCCCUGACAUCUAUGAGAAGGAUGUCCGUUUGAUGAUUCCGCUGUGAGCCAUCCCACCAGCACCUGCACCAGGGCCAGAGGUACAGAUCUGUCAUUGAUCCAACACCAAGAUCUGAACUUGAACAUUCUACUUUUGUUGAUAAAGAAAAAUCCAGAUGAUGCCUUUUAUAAGGGCAAGGACAAAGGAAGGGUGCUGCCGCCUUAACCUCGUAAUCCAUAUCUUUAAAGAUGAGACUUACUAAAUGUAAAAUGAUGAAGGUGAGUUUCCUACCCUGUGAGUGACUCCUGGCCAGAGGGGAGGGUGAGGCUGAUGGUGCCCAAGUCAAAUAGACCAACGCCCAAUGUGUUAUGGCAAGCCUGGGACCCUGCAGCCGUCCCCGAGACCGACUAACCCAGGAAGGGGUCUGCCACAGUCCCACUUCAUUCUUUUUGAACCCAGAACUAGAACCUUAAGCAUCAUGACACCUCCUGUGCUGCUCACAGUAAAUGCCAACCUACUGGAUAAGUGGCCUUCAAGCGGUGCUCUGGGGGCCCCAGGCCAACCCUGCUUCCACCUUCAACCAUGGGAGCCCAACUCUGUUUUUCUAGAUUGGACUUACUCAUAAGAUAGUUUUCAAAGAAAGCAUUCAACUGUAUAAAAACUCUUAAAUUUUUUUGAGUGCUGUUAUACAUGGCCUCAAAGUGCCCUUGGUGACCGCCUACCAGUCUUUGAUGAAAUGUAGCAUUAGUCUCCUUCUCUGGGCCACGUGUGGAGAGUGGACCUGACAUUAGGCCUCAAGGAUUCCUCUCACAGGCCUUCACUCAGAAGGCUCAAGCUGCGGACCGGAUCCUAGCCUUGUCACUUCCUCCCCAUGUGAUCUGGAGUGCCUUGGAGCCUCGGUUUCCUCAUCUGUCCAAGCAAUGACAGCCGUUUCUCACAAGGUUGUGGAGAAGAUUCACCGAUUCCUUAGCGCAGUGCCUGGCAUGUGGUAGGCGCUUAGUGUAACCAGCAGCUCUCGCCAUGAAUGAUGCUCUGGCCCUGCUGGUCCAGGUCAGCACAGUCGUUCUCAUAGCAUCAUUUCCCCCAUUGGUGCACAGCCCUUUCCUGUUUACAAAAUGCCCUUCCAAAAAGUCAUCCAGUGUGGAAAAAAAAGAAAAUGGUUUGAGUCCUUUCAGACCCCGCCUUAGAGGAGGCCUAGACUUUGAAGCCUUUAAAAUCAGACUUCCCAUUUUGUGUAAUCAGUGUGCAACCUGGGGGUCCUAAAGCAAGGAGCACACUUCCAGCUUCCCCUCAAAAGGCCUUGUUUAGAUCACUGACCAUUAGAGCCAGUGUCCUGGUCCGGCUGACCCACUGGGGUCCACAGGGGCACAUGCCAAAGAGACAAGUAAGUGAACCCUAUGUAGGCCCUGAAAUCAGGAUUGUUCAGAUCCCCCAGGGGCCUGAGGAUCUGGCUCAAGUCCAGCUAUUCUAAUCCAGAGGUUUUCAGACAAACCAUAGCUGAGAGAAAAGCACAACUACUCAGUGGGUCCAGAGCGGAGUAGAGGUGGCGGCCAACUGCCCUUUCCCUCCAAAGCCACCUCUCCCACACUCCCACAAAGGCGUGCGCAGGGGUGCAAUUUUAGGGUCGGGGAAGAGGAAAGUCACUGUUCUAGACUGAUCUUCUCAUGUUACAGAUGAAUAAACAGACCCACAAGCACCAGGGCUGGUGUAGCAGAGCCCUCACAAAGCAGCCUUUCUGGAAGAAACCCAGAUGGAAAAUUUCUUUUAAAGCAUUUUUAAAGAGAAGUUUAUUUGGAUAUAUAUUGUUUCCAUUUUUAAAAUUUUUAAAUUAUCAUACCGUAAAAUUAACUUGUUCAUAUAUACAGUUAUGUAUGUUUUAACACAUUUCAUGGCUACCUCUACAGUCAAGAGAGAGCAAUUCCAUCACCCAAAAAAUUCCUUUAUGCUGCUCCUUUGUAUUCAGACCUUUGUCCCACCCCAGUCUCUAGCAAACACUGAUCUGUUCUCCUUCCCUAUAGAUUUGCCUUUUCCAGAAUGUCACACACAUUCUGGAUUACAUCCUAAGAGGAUGUAAUCUCUGGAGACUGGCUUCUUUCAGUGUAAUAUCUUUGCGAUUCAUACAUGUCACUUUUUAUGGCUAAGUAGUAUUCCAUUGUAUGGAUAUACCACAGUUUUUUUACAUUCAUUAAUUGAAGGCUAUUUGGGUUGUUUCCAGUUUGGGGCAAUUUUGAAUAAACAUUUAUGUAUAGCUUUUUAUGUGAA